AUGUCAGAGCUGCGGGCCAGGGCAGGAUCCAGUGAGUUCCGCAGGGCCCCAAUCCGCACUGCGUCCCGCAGGGCCCCCACCAGCACUGCCAUGCCCGUCAGGGUGAGCCAGAGGUGCCAGGAGCAGCAGGACAAGAGAACAAAGCCAAUGAAGCCUGCAGGGAGUGAACAGAAUCCUUGCCGUGCUGUUUAUCGGCGACCCUACAGAGACAGGGUGAUUCAUUUACUUGCUCUGAGGGCUUACAAGAAGCCAGAGUUGCUUGCUCGCUUGCAGAGAGAUGGAGUCAUGCAAAAGGACAAGGGCAGCCUUGCAAAGAUCCUUCAGCAGGUAGCCAAGUGGAAUGCAAAGGAUAAUUCCUUCAGUCUGAAGGAACAUCUCUUUCAAAGCCUUCAGACUGAUUGGCCUGGCUACACUGAAAUAGACAGACAGAAUUUGAAGUUAAUCCUGUCUGGAAAAUCAACUCCAUCUCAGAAGACCACCAACACCAGCCAAGAAACAUCUCCAGGGCCUUCUGAGAGAGAUGCUCCAUUUUACUACCACUUUGACUCUUCUUUUUAUACCUCUGCUAUACAACUGAAAUCAAGAAAAGAAAGUGGAACAUCACACAACAGUUCUUUCCUCAAGAAUUCAAGUUCAGGAGCAAGAAGAGAUACUUCCAUUGCCUCCACAUGCUCUGCAACAAGCGACCAACCAGAUUACUUGAGAAAAUACAUAGCCAUCAUCUCCUUGGAGCAACGCCAGCGCUACAAGGAUGACUUCAAUGCAGAGUAUGAUGAAUACUGGAAUUUACAUUCUCAGAUUGAGAAGAUCACAAAGAAGUUCAGACAGUUUCAGGAGCAAUGGAAGUGUCUGACUCCAGGCUCUGAAUCCUAUCAGGCACUGCAUCAUCGAAUCCUAGCAGAUUAUCAGCAGUUACAACAGGGUAGUCCCAGGUACUCUGAAAUGAAGAGCAGGUGCCUGUACCUCCACAACAAGCUGGCCCAUAUUCAGAGCCACAUUUCUGAAUUUGACCAGCUGUAA